AUGAUUCCACGAAGAGGGAAAUCUUCGAAGAAGAAAACCAAAAAGCGUGAUCCAAGAGGGAGACUAGCUCUUUGCCAAACGAGGCUUGAUAAGCAUGCAGACGCUGUUCGGAUCCUAGGUCGAUUUGAACCACGGGCAGCGAAACUCGUCGAAGGGGCCCGCAAGCUCCUCCAGGCUGAAUCCAUGCCAAAUCGAGAUUCGGAAGUGUAUGCCAGAAUCCUCGAGGAUAUCCGACGUCAGACAACACCGGCAAUCAUGAUGCUUUUUGCUGGAACCAUUGGGCAGCAACUUGCAAGCCAUUUGCCAUCUCCCGAACGAACAAGCUUGGUACAAUUUGUCACGUCACGCCGUUCCAAGUGGUCUUGCCAGGUCCUGGAGUCGCUUGCUGAAGCAUACGAGUUCACUCAAUUAAAUAUCCUCCCAUUGGACCAUCCACGUAUGACAACGACUGAAACCAUUGAUGAGGUUAUGAAGACUUCCGGGAGCACUGCAGUCAGACAAGAACAUAACCAGGAGCAGAAACUUCGGCUCAGCAAGGAGAUAUUGAAAAUCAAUCCCACUGGCAAAUUCCGGUUCCAGGUACGUUCUCUCAGUAUCGCCAUCAUUCCACCUAACUUGCUUGAAGACACUAUGGUCGGUGACGCAUAUGGCUUAUCAAUCGAAGAAGCUCGAGGCAUCAUUAUGUCAGAUCAAAUCCGUGGUAAUGUUUGGUUGACGGAAACCUACAAUGCACAAUCAUUCUCGUUCAUCACAAUCCCAAUAUCCCAAGAGCUAAGCGAUCAGCUUACGUUCCAGCGACCGCGGAUAUUGUGA